CACGCCUCUGUGAGGAGAGGGGAUGUGACGCCGCCGCUGCUAGUACAUAACAGCAACACGCACUGUCUGCUGCGACAGGCAAUCACUUGUGAUUCACUUUACUGCUGAGCCCCUACUUUUACAUCUCGGAGCCACGGACGAGCAGUGCAUUCAUCGAGCAUGGCGGAUUACUUAAUCAGCGGUGGCACAGGCUACGUCCCUGAAGAUGGACUCUCAGCUCAGCAGCUCUUCUCGAUUGGAGAUGGCCUCACAUACAACAGAUCUGACCAACAGUGCGUUGUCUCCGAUGGUCAUACGGCUGAAGAGCUAUGCUCUAAAGGAGAUGGGUUGACUUACAAUGAUUUCCUGAUUUUACCGGGCUUCAUCGACUUUACCUCAGACGAAGUGGACCUGACAUCAGCACUGACCAGGAAGAUCACAUUGAAGACCCCUCUCAUCUCCUCCCCCAUGGACACGGUCACAGAGUCAUCCAUGGCAAUCGCUAUGGCGCUAAUGGGAGGCAUCGGCAUCAUUCAUCACAACUGCACACCAGAAUUCCAAGCCAAUGAGGUCCGCAAGGUUAAGGUCACGAGGUUUGAGCAGGGUUUUAUCACAGACCCAGUUGUGAUGAGUCCACGCCACACAGUCGGGGAUGUGUUCGAGGCCAAAGUAAGACAUGGCUUCUCUGGUAUUCCUGUCACAGAGACGGGCAAAAUGGGCAGCAAACUGGUGGGCAUCGUCACCUCCAGAGAUAUCGACUUCCUUUCUGAGAAAGACCAUGGCAAACCUCUCGAGGAGGCCAUGACAAAGAGGGAUGAGUUGGUAGUGGCUCCAGCCGGUGUUACACUGAAAGAAGCCAAUGAUAUCCUGCAGCGCAGUAAAAAAGGCAAGCUUCCCAUUGUAAAUAAUAAUGACGAGCUGGUGGCCAUUAUAGCCAGGACAGAUCUGAAGAAGAACAGGGACUACCCACUGGCCUCAAAAGACUCGCGUAAACAGCUGCUGUGUGGCGCUGCCAUCGGCACAAGGGAGGACGACAAAUACAGACUGGACCUGUUGGUGCAGGCUGGGGUGGAUGUUGUCGUACUGGACUCUUCACAAGGGAACUCAGUGUAUCAGAUCAACAUGAUAAAUUAUAUUAAACAGAAGUAUCCAGACUUGCAAGUGGCUGGAGGAAAUGUGGUUACAGCAGCACAGGCCAAGAAUCUGAUCGAUGCCGGUGUCGAUGCUCUGAGGGUUGGCAUGGGCUGCGGCUCCAUCUGCAUCACACAGGAAGUCAUGGCGUGCGGGCGGCCCCAGGGGACCUCUGUGUAUAAGGUAGCAGAGUACGCCAGGCGCUUCGGCGUGCCAGUCAUCGCCGAUGGUGGCAUUCAGACCGUAGGCCAUGUGGUGAAGGCUCUGUCUCUUGGAGCAUCGACAGUUAUGAUGGGCUCGUUGCUAGCGGCAACCACUGAGGCUCCAGGGGAGUACUUCUUCUCAGACGGUGUGCGGCUGAAAAAGUACCGUGGUAUGGGCUCCCUGGACGCUAUGGAGAAGAGCACCAGCAGCCAGAAACGCUAUUUUAGUGAGGGUGACAAGGUGAAGGUAGCCCAGGGUGUGUCGGGCUCGGUGCAGGACAAGGGCUCCAUCCACAAGUUUGUACCUUACCUGAUAGCUGGUAUCCAGCAUGGGUGCCAGGACAUCGGGGCAAAGAGCCUUUCUGUCCUCCGUUCCAUGAUGUACUCUGGAGAGCUGAAGUUUGAAAAGAGGACCAUGUCUGCACAGGUGGAGGGAGGAGUUCAUGGACUCCACUCGAAUCAUGCACAAAGAAUUAUGAUUCAAAGUUACGAGAAGCGGCUUUACUGAACGGGGAGGCGGAGUGCAAAUCAGCAGUGCACGUGACAUACCCAAUCUAACAGUGACCAAAUAUUCAAUCGCCACUUCCGCUUAAAUACGCACCACCCACUACACCCUCUCUGCCCUCCCCUGCAUCGUAUCCAUCGUUACUCUCUCUCUCACUCUUUGGGGAGGAAAGAGGCAACAGAGCGAAGUAAGAAUCUUCAAUCUUCAAAAGACACCCAACCCUCUAAACACCUGGGAUUUUGCACUCAAGAAGCGGCGCGUCAGGGUCUUCGGAAAUGACAUACACACCUUUUUAUCCAGAGUAUGCAGCCAAUCCCAAUUUUGCAUGUGUGUUUGAUAGUAGAGCGAGAAUGAGCUGCGUGUGUGUUUUGGCGAAUUAAGGGUAUGUGUCCGAGUGUGUGAUUUAUAGUUCAAAAUGUGUGUUGGGACAAACGAAGUGAAGGCGCACUGUGUUCAUGUGUCCUGUUGAUACUUGUGAGUCUAAAACAGCCAUGGUGCAGAUCCCAUCAACAUCUUUUUGUUUUGGCUUUUUUGCGAUCGACGCUUGCCAGCACACUCCCUGUCAGAAGCCUCUCACAUCCUAGUUCUUAAACACACUAUUGCGUACAUGCAGAAAACAAGAAAACAAACACUUGUCUCUAUGUGCAGUGUGUCGGUAUAUCAUGGCAAUCUGUUUGUUUUUGCAUUUGUAAGUCAUCACAGAUAUGAGCUAUUUAAUGAACAGUAGCUGCUAAUUUUCAGUGCUUAUUGUUUACUUCUCGUAUUGUGGAUCCGGAGGUGUGAGAUAUUGGCCAUGGCGAUUAUCCUUUUGACUUUGUUUCCUCGAGUGUCACCUACAAUCAGUAGACUCAGAGCCCAGACCCACAGUCUCCACCACUGUGGUCAUACGUUUCCCCUUAAAAGACAUCUUGAGCCAAAUAAUCAGUGUCCCAUCUCAGUGCAUAGUGUUCACAUUUUGAGCAUGGAAUGGACCAAAAGCUAAAGAUCAGGUAUGUUUAAAAUAAAAAAAAAUUAAAAAACUAAACUAAAAUGUAUCAAACCAAUCAAAACCUAGUUCUUAAUGAGAGAAGAUGUCUGCCCAUUAUUUGAAUACUUUUAGAUUAAACAAACUUUAUAUUAGACCUGUAUAGUCUUGGGGGCGUUGAAUUGAGCAUGAAGUGUUUUUGAUAUGCAUGUUUGUUUUUUCACUAAGCCAAACAUGGCUAUAUUUAUAUUCUGCUUUAUUGUAAUUGCAUACAUACUGCCAAGUGUAUUUACACUUCUCCGACACUCUUCUUUUGUAACUUCAAAACCAAAAUUGGCGCAACAAGUCGCUUGUUACCUUGUCACUUAUUCAUUCCUGCAUUCUCACAGUGUGGCAUAGGUUCUCUUCGAUAGGUUUAUUUUAUUUCUGAAUUAUUUGUUUCUUUUUUACCAGAGAUAUGCCUUGAAAUGGGUGGAUGGACAAAGGCUGCACAGCUCAGUGAAAUUGCAUAAAGCUACACAUCCUCUCGCCUCUUUUUUCUUACUUUGAAACAGGAUCCCUGUGUUUGUUAUCAUUCAGCUUAUGUAGGAGUAGGAUUUCCUAACAUUUUCGUACUGGAUGUCCUUUUGGCCAAUUAUUAUUAUUUUUUUUUUUUAAAUAAAAUGUCCCAGAUUGUAAGAGUUGAGUUGCUUUCUCUAAUGUGCUAAUGUACUUUACCCUGCACAGGGAUCACUUGACUAACAAAAUUCUUGCAAUUGGGCUAAAUUGCAAGAAAAUGUACAUGAAAAUGUAUGGAGAAAUAUAUACCUAUAUUCAGUUGGAAAUGAUGGCUGCUUGUUUUUCCAUUUUCCAUCUAAAGAGAAAAUUCAGGUUUAUAAAAUGUCUUAUUUGUGAAGUACUGAGUCCUGUUAGUCCACCUAAAAAGCACAGCUAUAGUGUUAAGUGAAAUAUUAGGUUUACAGUUUUUUCGUGUUGCACUCUUUUUCUUUUCUUUUUAAUGAUUUCAGCUUUAGUAUAUUGCAAUUUUUUUCCCAACCACAGUGGUAGCUUCUACAACCAGCAACCAAAUCAAUAAGCAAGGGUUUUUUAGAUGGACGGAAAAGACUCAGUAUUCAAUUAAUCCAUCAGGGUUUUUUGAGGAAUAUCACUUCAGAUUAUGUUUACAGUAAAACGCUCAACAGAUAAAAAUUGCUUUUGCUGUUCAAUAUGGUAAAUAAGAAUAAAUAAAUAAAUUGAACUGUG